UAAUCAAUAAAAGCAACAAUGUCCAAACCAAGAACUGGUCCAGGGCCGCCUCAAAAAGAUAUAUAUGAAUUCUCCCUUGACACGGAGGAGAUAAACUCUGUUCACAUGCGGAUACCUUCCAUAGACACUACAUCUCCUCUCAGCAAGUUUAUUGAAACUGAACACCAACAAGCUGGCCUGUACUCUUUGCCUGUAUUUGACUCUUCUUUUGAUGUGUCUGAUGGCCAAAAGAAAAGAAGGAAGAAAUGUGGAGUUUGUGGCCCCUGUCUGCUCAAAACUAACUGUGGGACCUGUGCAAACUGCCUCAACAGAAAGACAGGAAAACAGAUCUGCAAACUGCGCAAGUGUGACGAGCUCAAGAAGAAACGCACUGACUGGGAGGUGGACUAUCCCGAAGAGGCCGGUGCAGUCGGCUGGGGGGACUCUCAUCUGACAGAAGAGACUGUUUGCAGAGUCACGUCAGUGGAUGGCCCCAGAAGUGGAGGCCAGAUGGAAAUUGGGUCACAUGACCGCCUCCAAGAAGGCGCACCAAACCUGAAUUUGGCCAAUGGGGUGAAGCGCUAUGCUAAUGAUGAUGAGGCGCCCAUGGACUUGCAUCAGCAGAGGCAAGGCUGGGUGCCAGGGCCUGCCAAGGUCAGUGACACCCAACAACCUUCAAACUGGACCAGCCGACCCAACUCCACCAGUGAAUCUAUCCACCAUGCAAACAUAGAGGACGCACGCAAUCUGGUGGCUUUCUCUGCUACUGCUGGGUCCCGGCCAGCUUCCAACUCCACCCCUGUACAGCAAAACACCAGCCAGCUGUAUGAGAAAUUCACCCAGGAAAUGGGCGAGGGGGACCAGGUGGGACUGUCUGCCGGGGCUGUGAAAGGAAGCUGCCAAGUCCCGGAUGACCUGGACACUCUACAAACCGCACUGAGCCAAGCCAAACAUGGACACAAGCCCCCGAACUGCAACUGCGAUGGGCCCGACUGUCCCGACUACCUGGAGUGGCUGGAGAAAAAAAUCAAGUUGGCAACAAAUGAAGAUCGGGCUCCAUGCAGCAAAUCCAGUGCACAAACUCAGCCGAUGAAUGGCAAUAGUGGGUCCUCUACAUUCCCACAACAACAUCAACAACAACAGCAACAACAGCAACAACAACAGGGAGGUAAUCCACAGCUACACCCAGGCUCCAAACCGCCCAUCCCCUGCUCCCCACAGGUGCUGUCCAUCGCCAAGGAGAGGAAUGUAAGUCUACAGACCGCCAUCGCAAUUGAAGCCCUCACCCAGUUAUCUGGUACUCAGGCUACCAGCUCCCCAGGCCACUACAACAACAACCUCCACCAAAACAACCUCCAGAACCACCCCCCAAACGGGCACUCCUUCUCACGUUCUCAGUCCGUCCCGCCUGGACUCCACGCCGCCCAGCCGAUCCCAGACCAGCGGCCGCAGUCCCAAGGCCCUCCUCCUCAUGCUACCCCUCUUCAGUCCUCUACCUCGCCAUUCCCAGGUCAAGGGAAGCCUCCGGGAUUUAACCCCCACCCUCAGCAUCCCCAGCACUGGCAGCAGGGCACGGGCCACGGAGAACAGAGGAAUGUGUGGAUGGGCAACAGCCAAGACCCCAUGUCAGAGCUUAAACAACUGCUUGGCGACAACAGCAGGAAAUUUAACAGCGCCCCCUUUAGACUCCCAGUUCAGCAACAGCAAAACUUGAAUCAAAAUGUGAAUAAUAAUCAUCCCCAAAAUAACAUAGCAUUGGACAAGAUAAAGAAAGAGCCAGAUUCAAUGGAGCACUACCCUAUGGAUCCUUACGGCAUGGCUAAUGGUCAGCAGCACUACCCCGGGACGCCGUUGUCUCCAAACCAAGCAGCCAUCCGCCACUCCACUCAGGCAGCUUUGCAACAGCACCUUCACUACAAAAGGAACCUCUUCUCCAACCACUCCCCAAGCUUUGCAGGCCCACGUGCCCCCAACACUUGCCAAAACUUGAAGAAAUGGUGGCCACAGAUGGACCCACAAACCCUGACGCAUAUGGCAAUUAAACAAGAACCUAAAGAACCUAAAAGGAGGAAAAGCAUGCAAGGAUCUCCUAUUAUAAACCCGAUGGGGGGCAUGCUUACGCCGCCACCACCUAAGCCCAAGCAAAUAGUUAUCAAGAAAACUAAGCAGAAGGCGUCCAUGCCACUUUUCAUGCCGCAAAGUCAAAUAUCAGUGCAAAAGCCACCAGUUUUCAGUCCAGUACAAACCGGACUGCACCCAGGCGCUCUCCCCUUGAUGUCCCUUCACAGUGGUCCCCUCCCAACCGCUAUGAUGCCCCCUGCACCAGCCCAGUCUCAGGUACCCCAAACCUUAGUGACCCAGCCUUCCACAAAUUCAGAAAACGCCACUAAUCUGACUAUGAAAAGUGAAGCCCAGUCUAACACCAGCACCCCUAUAACGUCCACCACUCAACCAUCUUCACUUUCAAACCUCACCAAUAUUGACCCUAAGUACGAAGAGCUUAUCCGUCAGUUUGAGGCAGAGUUUGGGCCCUCGGAUGAACCUGGAAGUCAACCGACGGGGGAGAGUGCAAAUCCUCAAACAAGUCAGUCCCUAAUUCAAAAUGAGAACCAAGCAUCAGUGUCUACCAACCAAUCCAAUUCUUCAACGCAGGAUCAGAACAUGGAUAUAAAGGAGUCAGGAAACCAAAGUAAAGAAAAUGGUGAUACCCCUAUGGAUGAGCAGUGUGAGAGGGCUGUAUGCGCCCAGUCUGUACACCAGGAAGUAGGAAAGCAGCAGCAGCCAAUGGCUAGUGAGGAUAAAUUCUGUAUUCCCUGCUCCCCUUUCCCAAAACGUAUGAAGUUUGAAUCGUCCGGGGAUAUAUCGGUGCUCUCCACAACAUGCUACUCAGAAGAUGACACCCCGACCAAGGAUUUCCCAGUAUCUCCAUCUCUCAAAGGGUUCCUGGAGUCCCCAUUGCGCUAUCUGGACACUCCCACAAAAAAUCUGCUUGAUACCCCCUCAAAAGACCUACAGGCGGAGUUCCCGACCUGCAACUGUGUGGAGCAAAUCCUGGAGAAAGACGAGGGUCCAUACUACAAUCACCUCGGAGCAGGUCCCACCGUGUCCUCUAUCCGGACCCUGAUGGAGUCCAGGUUUGGACAGACGGGAGAGGCAAUCCGCAUUGAAAAGGCAGUGUACACAGGCAGAGAAGGAAAGAGUUCAAGAGGCUGUCCUAUUGCUAAAUGGGUGAUCCGUCGUGCCAGUGAGAAGGAGAAGCUGCUGUGUGUGGUUCGGCAGCGCCCAGGACAUCAUUGUGACAAUGCUGUCAUCAUCAUCCUCAUCCUGGCCUGGGAGGGAGUACCCAGUCUAAUGGCUGACAAAUUGUAUCGAGAGAUCUCAGACACACUCACCAAAUACGGCAACCCCACCAGCAGACGCUGUGGCCUCAACGAUGAUCGCACUUGUGCAUGUCAAGGCAAGGACCCAGAUAAGUGUGGAGCUUCCUUCUCUUUUGGUUGCUCCUGGAGUAUGUACUUUAAUGGCUGUAAGUACGCUCGGAGUAAAGUCCCCCGCAAGUUCAGGCUCCAAGGAGAUCACCCUGCAGAGGAGGAUAAUCUCAGGGAUAAUUUCCAGAAUUUGGCGACUGAAGUGGCUCCAUUGUACAAGCGUUUGGCACCACAAGCCUACAGUAACCAGUGUCAGACUGAGUCCAAGGCUCCAGACUGUAGACUGGGACUGAAGGAAGGCCGUCCGUUCUCUGGAGUAACCGCCUGCAUGGAUUUCUGCGCUCAUGCCCAUAAGGACCAGCACAACCUCUACAAUGGCUGUACUGUGGUGUGUACGUUAACAAAGGAGGACAACAGAAAGGUGGGCGAGAUCCCGGAGGACGAACAGUUGCAUGUUUUACCUUUGUAUAAAAUCUCCCUCACCGAUGAGUUCGGCAGUGAAGAAGCUCAGCGUGCUAAGGUAAAGACAGGAGCCCUCCAAGUGCUUCAGGCCUUUAGACGUGAGGUGCGGAAACUACCUGAACCAGCCAAGUCCUGUCGACAGCGCCGCCUUGAGGCCAAGAAGGCAGCCUCUGAGAAGAAGAAGAAUAAACUUCUGCAGCAGACAGGGGAGACCCCAGAGAAGGCUGUGGUGAAGACUGAGCUCAGGGUUGCCAGCUCUCCACAACCCCAGGGAAAUAAAGCUGUCAUCAAGCAAGAGGUAAAGCCCACUAUCAAGAAGGAGCCGUUUAACGGAUCAUUGGAUGGAUACCCUGUGCAGUCUGCAGAAGCGUUCUACCCUCACACGGCGUACUAUGCAAGGGGGGGCCUUCCUCCAACGGGCCAGCCCUCUGCCCCUGACCCUGUCAACGGAUACCACCCCAAUCUGCCAAUGCACUACGGCUACUACAACUGUCCACCCAAUGCACUUUUCCGUCCGAAGAUUAGGACCUAUGAGGGGCGAAAGGCUGCUCAAGUGGACAACAAGCCUGAUGUCCAGAGUCUCCAGGCCUGCCUCAGUCACCCCGAACAGUCCAACAUCCCUAACAACAGCGCUUAUGCCCCAAACACGGAGUACCAGUCCCGGCCCUCAUCAGUGUCCUCUGAGCACAGAGCCACUCCUGUCAUCAAGCAGGAGCCUAUGGAUGUUCCAGUCCAUGAAGGGGUAAUGCCAGGCCCUGCCAGAGGUAACACCCCCAGCACUACCCCUCAGCCCGGUGCAUGGCCUGGACACAAGCUCAAUGGAAGUAUUGUGGCCCAAAAUCUAAACUCUAAACAAAGUCUAGAAGCCUCAAUGUUGAGCCAAGACCAUAAGCAGUUUCACCAGCACCCUCAGCAGCGGGCCUCUCCUUUCCCUCAGCAGUGGUACCCAGGCUCCAACACCCCCAUGGCCUCCCCGGGCCCCUCUCCCCUGCACCUCCCACCAUCCCCCGUGCCCUCACCCCAUCUCGCCUCAAUGCAUCACCACAACAUGCACUCAGCCUCUCCCCGGCCAGCCACCCCACGCCCCAGCACCCCUCACCCAGGAACACCUCAGCCUGCCAUGGCGAACUCAGGCCCAGUACCAUCACAGCCAGGCACUCCCACCCCUGGCACCCCCAGACCCUGGUCCAGACCGUCCCCCAGUCCACAGGGCAACCCUUGGGCCAUGGCUCCAGGAGGCUACAGUCCAGUCAUCAAGCACAACAAUCCUAGUGGGGCCUACCCCGACAAGAUGUGGUCUGAGAAUGGGGAGAGGUGCUCCACACCCCUGGGCCUGCAGGAGAAGGCCUGGAAAUCGUGCGGGGGUUCGGUGGCCAGCGCAACCCCGUCCCCGGCUCCAGAGGGUCGUUUGUUUCCUGAUGCACUACAGCAGACAGAGCAGAGCUGGGAACGCAGCCAAGAGAGCGACGUGGAGAGCUGCAAAGAGCGUGACGAGGAGGACGAUGAAGUAUGGUCCGACAGCGAGCACAACUUCCUGGAUCCGAACAUCGGAGGGGUGGCUGUGGCACCUGCUCACGGCUCCAUCCUCAUUGAAUGUGCUCGGCGAGAGCUACAUGCCACCACGCCCCUGAAAAGGCCCGACCGCACCCAUCCCACGCGCAUCUCUCUGGUCUUCUACCAGCACAAGAACCUGAACCAGCCCCUGCACGGCCUGGCUGUGUGGGAGGCCAAGAUGAAGCUGCUGGCUGAGCGCGCACUGCAGCGGCAGCAGGAGGCCGCGCUGCUGGGUCUGUCCCAGGACGACAUCAAAGCCUCAGGGAAGAAGCGCAAGUGGGGGGCCGCGAUGCCAGGGGCCAGUCUGGGGCCCGGGCAGACUAAGGACAAGAAAGAGGGCCCCGUGACGAGGUUAGCUCCCACAUUCCACACCACCUCCAUGGUGCAGGUGUCUCCGUACGCCUUCACGCAGCUCACAGGGCCCUACAGCCGCUUUGUCUAGAGACACCUUCACGGCCCCUCUGUGGAGGGACCUUUUAUUGUUUUACCUCAUGUCAGGCAGUGGCUUCUGCCUUUGGUGCUCUUCCUCUCUCUUCCCUCUGAGAGGAACUCCAUUGCUUUUACUUGUUUAUAGAAUUUUAAUGAUCCUAAUUAUUGCUAUUAUUAUCAAUAUUAUGAUUGCUAUUGUUACUGUCAUUGUUGUUAUUACAGCUAUUAUUAUUAUAAUGAAGACCUGUUUGUUUUAUUAUUGCUGUUUUCAUUAAUGUUAUUAAUGAUGUGAUUUCUUUAGGUUUUAUAUUUUUUUAUCAAUCAGUCUGACCAAUCAAUCUCAGACAAUUGUUCUUUCCUUGUUUGGAAAAUAUGUGCGCUCUUUUAGGGUUAUUUUUAUUAUUUUGAUGUCAAAUUUAUGGCUGUACUUUGAGGAGGAACAUUCAUGUGCCUGGCAGGACACGUGUCUCAAAUCAUACUGUAGGACGAAUAACAAAACUGUUAUUAUAAAGAAUUUGACAAACUGGUAACAUGUCUUUUAAAACAGAUCACAUUUUAGCUACCAGCAUCAUCAUGUUUAUUGAGAUUUUAGUCAUGACAACUGUUUUUUUACUGUAAACAGUGUUUUGGAUCUAAGCUGUUAAUGUUUUUGCCUCACAAUGAAGCGUUCCUCCUCCACCCUCCAACUCUCACUGGUGCUCCACUUCCAGCUCUGAUCAAUUUCUCAUUCCACUGCUCUUCUUGGCACUUGAUGCUGUACUUUGGUGCUCAACACAAAUUUGGUUCAAGUGUUUUAAAUGUCUCCUCACAGUAGAAGAAAUACCAAAACAAGGUGUUCCACCAUGCAUCUUAUACUUCUAUUCUCUGGUAUUCCCUCUAUUGAAAGACAUUGUUUUAAAGUGCUAUAUUUGACCAAGAGGUGCUUUUAUCACAGACGUGAAACAGGCGGCUCUGUAUUUCUUCCUAUUCAAGUCCUUGUGAGCACUUGUUAGUGUGAACUCUAGAGGGCAGCAACGCCUUUUCAAAGUGUGCUGUACAGACAAACCAUGCACUCACUUCCUCCCCAGCCUUUCCACAAGCUGUAAACAUUGCUGCAUUUACACCUGUUUACCAGCAGAGGGGGUGUUACCUUUUCAAUCCUUUGGGGAAAGUGAAGCGUGCAGUGCUGGUGUUGUUUCUACACACUAUGGUGCUCUCCUGGCACACUUGAUCUCUGCGUGGUGCUGUCAUCCUAACGCAGAGUCAGCCAAUCAGAAAAGCUGACCUAUAGAUGCUCUGAGGGUGUGUAAGAAACAUGACUGCAAUCGCAUUAGAGUGCAACCAAGGAUCUCUUCAUUAAGUCAUACUUCUAAUAUGGAUUGAAAACCACCAGACAUUUUGUUAUUUGAAAAUGUGUUAUUUAUAUAUUUUUUGCACAUGUGUAAAAAUAUGACGUAAAAACAGCUAUAAGUGUCACCAUAAUGCGCUUGCAGCUUGUUUUUUAUCUAUAGGUCUGUUUUUAAGAUUCUACUCUGACUUGUGAUGCUCUGUGUGAGAACAGCUGUGAUAAUAUGUACUGAGAUUAAGGGAAAUUUACUGUAUUUUAUGAAAGUUGGCGCCAACAGGCAGUGAAUCAAUGAAUCUCUCCUUGUGUGUUUGUGUGUGUGAAUGUACGAAAGACAAGAGCCAAAGACAGAGCCUAUUUGUUAAAUCUAGUUACGGGUCACAGCAUUUUCUCAUUUUCAAUUUAAGCACUGUGCUAAAGUCUUGCAGGUUGUCGAAGAAGGGAAUAUGAAAUGUACAAUACCAAUUGAAAACUAUGUCUGUUAACUCCUGUUAUGCAUAGUAAUAUAUCGCAAUUAAAUCAUAAACGCAAUUUGAGUUACAAAUCCGAAAAGGCUGCAGUUAUUUAGAUAAUACUAGAAUGUCCACAGCAAAGAACAAAAUAUCCUGUAUUUUUUAUGUUAAUGUUAAUGUUAAUGCCUUUGGAGUACAAUUUGCACUUUGAACCGAAUCCUUUCUAACUGCAAUACUAUUUAGAAAAAUCCCAAUUAGACUUUUCCUCAAAAUCUUGCAGCCCUAAAUUGAAUUAUCAUUGUCUUAAUUUUGUGCUGCCUUUCAUCUAAAAUCUUAACAUCUUAAAACCUCACAUAACUUUUGCACGGUGCUGUAGAAGUGAAAAUGAUGAUGUUGACCCUUGAUGUUGAGUGGUUGUUUGGAUCGCACCCUUCUUGGUCCAGUCCGGGGCCGGUGGGGUUUCCAGCUCUCUACCUCACGCUGUAGAGACACUGGUCACAAUCACAGCAUGCUACUGAGGGCAAGGUAAUGUUCAUUCAGUUAUGUCCUCCCGAUCUCCACACUCAUUUUAAACUUUUUUUACUCUUUAUUUAUUAUGACAUGGUGAUGAAAAUGAUUGUCUUGUUUUGUUUUUGUUUAGUUUUUUCAUUUUUAUACAGCUAAUACAAAUUGUACAUAGAAAAGAUUUAUAAAAGCACUUUUAAUCUUGAUUUUAAUGAAAAAUGAAAGAGCCGAUAUUUGACAACUUGAA